AUGGGUUUUCUCACAUUCGCCGCCGCAGGCGGCGGCCUGAUCUUGAUGGGCGCGUACGAAGCCAUUUCCUCCUCAAUCCAAAACCCAGAUUCAGAUUCAUCUCCGCCGUCGUCGCCUCAACCUAUGAUUCGUCCCCCGAUGGCGCAGUCGCAAGCGAAAACCCAGUCUCGGUUGUCGUCGAUUUAUUACCUGGCAGCCGCCGUUGUUUCGUUGCUGUUCAUCUUGAACUCUUUGGUUUCGUUCUUCGACGCGCUCGACUCAGCGGACCCAGUCGGCUCGGCUAUGCAAUUGCAAGUGCUGGCGAUCGCGUCGCUGUUCUUGCUCUACGCGAUUACGGGUCUUGUGGUAAAUUUCACGAAUUCAACUCUACCUUGUUCGUUGCUUAGUUUGGUCGGUCUUUUCGCUUUCGUUGAAGAAUUUUUAAUGUUUUACAUGCAAAGAAAGGACACUUUCGGAAUCGAAAAUCGGUACUUUGAUCUGCUGCUUGUGCCAAUUGCUGUGUGUAUAUUUUCUACAAUGCUUGAAUUCAACAACCCCAAAUCGAAUUAUCCGAAAUUGGCUCGUGGGGUUGGCUUGGUUCUGCAAGGAAUGUGGUUUCUGCAAAUGGGCAUUUCUUUGUACACCAACUUCAUGGCGCACGGAUGCUCGUUGCACGAAAAGAGUAGAGGGAAUUACACUGUGAAGUGCAAGGGGCACCCUGAGAAGCGUGGCGGAUUUCGGGGUGAUGUUCCGCACUAUAAGCCGCUUGGCGCAGAGAUACAUCAUCAGUUUGAUAAUCAGAGCCAAUUUACUUUGGAUUCUGAUGAUGGCGAUGAUGAGGUUAAAGAGGAGGGGAAUUCGGCAAUGCAGAAAGCCGGCGAAGUGGAAUUGGGUGUCAACGGCUAUGGUUCUCAUAAGUAA